AUGAGGGACUCACCGAAGCCCUCAGUGCCCAGCUAUGAGCUGAAGGCAGCAUCAGGCAAAAGGGGGAAGGCUCCCCUGUCCUGGUCUUGGAUGCAAAACUGCGAGCAGACUCUGGCCUCCGCUUAUAUGCCGGUGGUGGUGGACCCCAGGGGCUGGAACCUGGACAAGCCCAAGUUCAACUUCUACACCUCGCAGUACUCCAACUGCCUGAGCCCCUUCUACACCCUGCAGAAGCCUACCUGUGGCUACCUGUACCGCCGGGACACCGACCACACCCGCAAGCUCUUCCACGUGCCUCCUGCUAACAAGGUUUUGUGGCGUUCCUAG